AUGCGCAAAGGAGAUGGGGAAGAGGGGGAGAGGUUGCUUGAAGUGCCCCUCGAUGAAGAGAAGUCCACAGCUAUCGAACCACUCCAGGAGAAGGUUACAUGGAAAAGUCUUCCGCACAAAAAACAGCUUUUGCUCCUCGCAUUAUGUCGUCUUUCGACUCCACUGUCGAAUGCAUGCCUCCUCCCGUACCUCUAUUACCUCGUCAAGUCCAUUCUUUCAGAUCCCAAUCACGCAUCCGCCCCCCAGGAGAUCUCACGCUUGACCGGUCUUUUGGCCGCUGCCUUCCCACUCGGCCAGAUGUCAACUAGCAUGCUUUGGGGUCGUGUCUCAGACUCUUAUGGGCGCAAGCCAACCAUUCUCAUUGGCCUCAUGGUCAGCGUCAUCGCCAAUCUCUCUUUCGGCUUCUCGAGAACGAUUGGGAUGUUAUUGUUCUGGAGAGUACUCGCAGGCAUGGCGAACGGCAUACUUGGAGUGAUGAGGACGAUGACUGCUGAAAUUGUUAAGGAACGGAGAUACCAUGCCAGAGCUUUUUUGGCACCGCCUCUGAUCUUCAACUCGGGACGUGUGGCGGCGUUGGCAAUUGGAGGGUGUUUAGCUGAUCCAGUAGACAACUUGCCCAUCUUGUUCGGUCCCACCGGCUUCUUCAACUUCUCAGGGAACCCUAAAGGCGUCGAUUGGGCCGUGAGGUAUCCAUAUGCUUUGCCCGCAAUUUUUAACGGUACCAUCCUCAGCUUUUGCCUCGUUUUAGCAUCUUUCUGGCUUCGGGAAAGCCUGCCGACCAAGGAGAAAGAGUGGGACCUUGGUAUUGUCAUCGGCAAGUCUAUCUCAGGAUUUGUGAGAAAGACGAUCUUGCGAAGAUCUGCACCCGAAUACGCGCCGCUCCAAAUAGAGGAAGCAGAAUUAUUCGAGACUAACGCCCCGAUUGGGGAGGCCUCUAAUUCUGGCUCUUCGACGCCCAUAACGCGUAAAUCCUAUCGACCUCCUUUUCGCGAGAUCUGGACCCGCGAUUUACUAAAGACCUUGUUUGCUUUCGGCCUCUUACCACUCCACAACUCUACUUUCCUGCACAUCUUCCCGGUAUUCUUAAGCAUGCCGAGCUCCACUAACGAGCAUACUACAUUCCUUAAAUUCACCGGCGGUCUUGGACUGGCUUCUCCGACCGUAGGUCUCUACCUUGCGACAUUUGGGAUUGGCGGGAUUCUGAUUCAACUUUUCGUCUACCCUCGAAUCCACAAACGCUUUGGUACCAUAGGGGCAUUCCGGAUUGCAAAUUCCAUCUUUCCAUUCGCCUAUAUUUUCGCGCCUUAUCUUGCCUUGCUCUCCGGAAAUGCCAAAGUAAAGUGGCCGGCGAUGGCAGGUGUCCUUUUCGCCCAGGUUAUGGCGAGAACGAUGGCAAUCCCCAGUACUGUCAUUCUUCUCACAGAAGCGGCUCCACGGAAGAGUGUUCUGGGCACAGUUCAUGGAGCUGGUAACACUAUCAGCGCUCUUGCAAGUGCUGGUGGGCCUGUUAUCGGAGGAUUACUGUUAGCUCGUGGAAUCGAUGUUGGCGCUGUCGGAAUUGUGUGGUGGGCCUGGUUAUGCUUGAUCGCGCUAUUCGCUUUUGGGUGGAGUUUUUUUCUGAGAAAUAACCAUGAGGAAAGAAUAGACGCGGAAAUGGAGUAG